UCCAUAAAUUGUUGCGGUUUACAUUUAAAGUCGAAAGAAAAUCGACUAAACACAUUUCUAUACACAAGGAUUGAAGAUAGAGUAUUCUUAAACAUUAUGGUGACGUCACUGUUUAUUGCUGGAGUACUCCUACUAUAUAUAGUACCAAUCAAUACUAUCCUAGUUCCUCACAGUAUUAACCUCAGUAUCCGUCCUGUUCGCCCUGAUUGUUCUGUUCCAGAACCUGGGACAAAGCCGUUCUUCUUUGGAACCAACAACCUAGCCUGUAUGUUUCUGACAUCUUUUGGGAAACAUCGCAGGAAGCGGUCCCUGAAGAUUCCCGUCCACAGCAUUGUACAUAGCUUUAUAUUCUAUGACGGCUGGUUCGCUGAAUUCGGUACCAAGGAGACAACGUUACGCACACACACUCCCAGAUACCCACAUUGUGGACCUAAACUCAAUUUAAAGCCCGCAGGGUACUCCAGGUUGCCUUUUGACUGUCUUCGAAGAUGUGCCUCUAAAUACCAUCUUGCCUUUGGAAAAUACCAUCUCUUUAAAAACAAUUGUCAUUAUUUUUCAAAUCGAAUGAUGAAUAUAUUGUGUCAUGAAGUGACUUGUCCUCUGUGGUGCUUAUGACUGCUUAAAAUGUUAUCGGAAUAUAAAUUAGUAGGAAGAAGUA